AUGAACAUAAUGGAUAGCCCUUUCUUGGCUAGCAUCAUGAAGCAGAGUGAUGUGUGUGGUGAACUGAAGUAUGACUUGUCCUGUGAACUCUACAGAAUGUCUACGUUUUCUACUUUCCCCACUAAUGUGCCAGUGUCAGAACGGAGUUUGGCCCGGGCUGGGUUUUAUUACACUGGUGUGCAAGAUAAAGUUAAGUGCUUCAAUUGUGGCUUAACACUGGACAGCUGGCAACCAGGAGAUAAUGCUAUGGAGAAACAUAAACAGCGGUGUCCCAGCUGCAGUUUUGUUCAAAACAUGCUUUCAGUUAACAACCUCGACCUGUCCUCUCAUUCUGCCUUUUCACAUAUGGGCCCAAACUGUCUCUCACCAUCUCUGCAUUCCAUCCCAGUUUCUCCAAGUUCAGAACAAGUUGGAUAUUUCAGUGGCUCUUUUUCCAGUUUUCCUCAAGACCCAAUAACUAGUAGGGCAGUUGAAGACCUUUCGUUCUUGAGACCUAAGCUUCACAAUCCUUCUAUGAGUACAGAAGAUGCUAGACUACUCACUUUUCGCUCGUGGCCACUGACGUUUCUCUCACCAACUGAUCUGGCAAAGGCUGGACUUUAUUACCUGGGGACAGCAGACAGAGUUGUUUGUUUCACCUGUGGUGGUCAUCUGAGUAACUGGGAACCAAAAGAUAAUGCUAUUGCAGAGCAUCGGAGACACUUUCCUAACUGCCCUUUUGUGGAAAACCUUACCCGAGAGCAGCCAAGUUUCAAUGUUUCAAAUGUGAGCAUGCAGACCCAUGAAGCACGGGUUAAAACAUUCAUCAACUGGCCAACUAGAAUUCCAGUUCAGCCUGAACAGCUUGCGGAUGCUGGCUUUUACUAUGUAGGUCGCAAUGAUGAUGUCAAGUGUUUUUGCUGUGAUGGUGGGUUAAGGUGCUGGGAAUCUGGAGAUGAUCCAUGGAUUGAGCAUGCAAAGUGGUUUCCAAGGUGUGAGUAUCUGCUUCGUGUAAAAGGAGGAGAGUUUGUAAGUCAAAUUCAGGCCAGGUUCCCCCAUCUUCUUGAACAGCUUUUGUCAACCUCUGAUAUGCCUGUAGAUGAAAACAUUGAUCCCCCAGGUAUGUAUAUUAAAUAUGUUUUUAAAUUUCCUCAGCACUUUGCAGACUUGAUUAUUGGCUGUCCAAAGAUAACGUGCUUCAUAAUUCUUAGAUUUUCUUGGAGAAAAAGAA